AUGACUCUUCGUCGACCACCCUCGCCAAGAAUGGUACUCGACAACGUCUCGUGCAUGAGAAACGCACAGCAAAUCCUCCGCCACGUCAAUGUCUCGGUCCAUGACGGCAGUGCCAUUGUGCUAACGGGCACCAACGGCUCAGGCAAGACAACACUCCUGCGGAUGUUAGCAGGAUUCACCAAGCCCUCCGCGGGCCAAGUCCUCUGGAACGGACACGACAUAACAAAAUCGGGAGUCUUCCAGCAGUACAAGCUUCAACUCAACUGGCUCUCCUUGAAAGACGCCAUGAAAGACAGGUUCACGGUCCUGGACAACGUGCAGUGGUUCGAGGUCCUCGAGGGAAAACAGGGCAAAUCGCUGCCUGCUCUCGAGCUGAUGGGGCUGGGACGAUUGGCGAACGAGAAGACGAGGAUGCUGUCUAUGGGACAGCGGAAGAGGGUGCAGCUAGCGAGAUUGCUGGCCAUGGACCGCCCCAUCUGGUUGCUCGACGAGCCAUCUGUGGCGCUGGAUGAUGAAGGGGUGAAGCUGCUGGAGUUCAUAAUUGCGGAUCAUAGGAAGAAAGGUGGGAUCGUGUUUGUGGCGACUCAUCUGCCGAUCAAGAUGGAAGAUGCUACGUAUCUCAGGCUGCCACCGAGGUUCCCCAGAAGGAUGACAUUUGUGGACAUGCUGGAUCGUGCUGACAUUGAGUGA